GAGGGGGAUGUUACUAAUCGGGGCACAGAUACGUCCAUCGUGGCAACAUCAAUCUACACCAUAGCACUCAACUUCAACUCUCUUUCGGGCUCUCUCUGGGUUGUUCUUGCAUACACGCUUGCUUUCAUCAGUUCGCACCCCCUUCCCCGAGCGGUAACUGAUGCUUUGACAGGUUGUGCCGUUAUUUUUGCGAGGAGCAGCGACUUUGUUGGACGAAGAACCGCUGUGAUCGCUGCCUUUACCCUAUUUAUUGCCUUCUCCUUGGCAUGUGGAUUUUCUCGGAACAUAACUCAGUUGAUAAUAUUUCGAGCUUUGCAAGGCGUUGGUGGAGCUGGCCUGUAUGCUUUGCCACUAAUCUUGCUAGUUGAAGCGGGAACUUUGGAUCUGAAGCUUUUAACAUCGAGCUUGAUCGGGGCAAGUAUAUCACUGGCGGGGGCAGUUGGACCGGUGAGAAUUGCUGUAUCGCAAGGUAUAAUCAUGCUAAAUGCAGGCACAGAUUGUAGGAGGUCUGUUGACGUCCCAUGCGAGCUGGAGAUGGGUGUUCUAAAUCAAGUUAGUGUACACGUCGCAAGCAGUUUAAGAAAGAUUUCUGAUUUCCCAACAGUGCUCCCAUCGGCAUUAUUGCUGUUGUCUUCUUCGUUGCGGGGUGGCCGAAUAACACUACCGCAUAUGAUAACGAACCUCGCCUGUCUUUUUCUCAUUUUGACUACGUCGGCGCUCUACUGCAGCUCGGUGCAUCGCUUCUAG